AUGCUCCACAAUGGUGAGUCGCACAUGCUUUAUUAUGAGCGCUACGGCAGUGGUUGUGGCUCGUCCUUUAAGCACAAGAGCACACCAGAGGAUGUGGCUGUUUACCCAGGGCCCUGCUUGGCUCAGUACCGGACAUUUUUUCAAAUGAUCCUUGUGCUGGGAAUUGGUGGGAACCUCCCAAUUGGCUAUCAGAUUUCUGUGAUCAACUACCCCUCUGUGUACAUUAAGAGGUUUAUGAAUGAAACAUGGUUUGAGCGCACUGGAUCCCCCCUCCAUGAGAAGACCCUCCUGUUCUUGUGGUCCUUCAUUGUGUCUAUCUAUGGUGUAGGAGGAUUGAUGGGAUGUGUCUGCAGUGGCUUCCUGACCGUGAAAUACGGGAAAAAGAAAAGCCUUCUGGGCACAGACCUGCUCAUCCUAGCAACGGCCAUGUUUGUGGGCUUCAGUAAAAGAGCCAAGUCCUUUGAGAUGAUUCUGAUUGGACGAUUCCUCUAUGGAGUGAGUGCUGGCUCCUGCAUGGCCAUUCAUCCCCAGUAUGCUGGUGAAAUUUCCCCCAAGAAGCUACGAGGAUUUGCAAAUGCCACAUCAGGAUUCUUUUGGUCACUGGGGAAAUCCUUGGGCCAAAUCCUAGGGCUCAGGGAGUUUCUGGGGACAGAAUCCUCAUGGCCAUUGCUGCUGGGCUUUGUGGGUGCUGCAGCGCUUCUCCAGCUGCUCACCUUACCAUUCUUCCCUGAAUCUCCACCGUACCUCUUAAUCCAAAAGGGAGAUGAAGGAGGCUGCUUGAAGGCCAUGCAUGAGCUCUGGGGCCAAGGGAGUCACCAGGAGGAACUCAGCGAUUUGAAGAAGGAAGUGGUCACAGGGAAGAACAGCAACGCAUUGAGUGCAGGAGAUCUGCUCAGAGAUGGAUCCCUGCGGCGGCAGCUGCACGUUCUCAUUGCCGUUGUCCUCACCCUGCAGCUCUGCGGCAUCAAUGCAGUCUAUUUCUACACAUUUGAAGUUUUCCGCAGUGCUGGUUUUGAAGAGGACCUCAUCCCCUACAUCUCACUGGGCGUUGGCCUCUGUGAGCUCUCCUCUUCUUUGCUCUGCAUUUUUACCAUUGAAAGAUUUGGCCGGAGAACCCUCCUCUGGAAAGGCUGUGGGAUGAUGGCUGUUGUGCUGUUUCUCCUCACAGUGACUCUCUCUCUGCAGAAUAAAUAUAAUUGGAUGUCUCAUUGCAGCGUCACUCUGGUUUUCUUGUUUGUUAUCUUCUUUGGAAUUGGACCAAAUGGAGCCACAAUGUCUGUCAUGAUGGAAAUUUUCAGCCAGUCCGCCAGACCAGCAGCUUUCAUGAUUGGUGGCUGCCUGAACUGGGCAGGUCUCUUUGUCAUUGGAAUAACCUUUCCAUUUGCCGUGGAAAGCCUGGGUCCCUUUUGUUUCCUCAUCUUCAUGGUUGUCCUAGUGGGGUCAGGAAUGUUCUUCUACCUGUUCCUUCCAGAGACUAAAGGAAAAUCUGUUGUAGAAAUCACUGAGGAAUUCAACAUACAACCACCUUUUGGAAAGAAACUUGCUGCUGUUCUUAGGAAAGGUUUCCAUGAAGAUCAUUCUGUCUAUACAAACUUCUGA